AUGCCGAAGCGCAAGCGAGAAGAUGUCGAUGAAAAUCCAGCUUCCAAUCCCGAGCCGCGGAAGCUCACCCUUCGAGCCACUCGUUUAGAGCAGAAAAUCGAACAGGGAAUCCAGCAAGUACACCGAGCUCUCAAGACCGCGAGAGGAUUUGAGCGCCAAAAGCUGGGAAGGCGCCAAAAGAACGCGCAAUCGAAAAAUGAAACCGCCCAGCUAUCCCGCUUAUCUGAAGAAGUACAGGCUUUGAAAUCUCUAGACCUCUCGGAGAUUUCAAGAAAGUACGUGAUAAAGCAACUUGUUAAGACUAAGCGGAUUGCGGAUUCACCGGUUUUCGCGCAAUUAGAGUUCUCUAAGCAGAAUGUCUUUGACGGGAAGAAGGAUGGACCCGAAGCAAAUGUUAUGGCACGGCUCUUUAGUUCCAACCCAGUUAAGACGAUACUCCCAGGGAUAAUGGACGGUAUUCGAGGAAUUUUAGGUGUAGACGAUGCCGCCAUAUCGGAUAAGAAAACCGCCGCUAGCCAGAAAACAUCGAAAACUCCGGCCACUGCAGGGCCGCUUAUUUCCAAAACGCCACUCCAAAUGGACUCACAUAGCUCCGAUCAAGAGGAUACGCCGAUGGGUGAAGCUGAGAGUACCUCGGAAUUCGCCCAGUUUGAUGACCUUAUAGCCUCCUCGUCUGGUUCGGAGAGCGAAGGCGAUUAUGAAAACAUAGUUUCAGGCAAAAAAGACAAAGCGUACGAUCCGGUUGAAGACUUCUCCCUCUCCCCAACACCCUCUGUUACGGACUCGGAUUCCCCUCCUGCCACCGCGUUAAAGAGCUCGAAACCUUCCAAACCCAGCGGAAAAGCAUCAACAACAUUCUUACCGUCCCUGACAAUGGGCGGCUAUUGGUCAGGUACCGAGUCCGAGGCGGAAGAUAAUGAAGCAGCGUCGGCGAUUGCACCAAGAAAGAAUCGCAUGGGCCAGCAAGCGAGGCGAAAAUUAUGGGAGAAGAAGUUUGGCGCGAAUGCGAACCACGUGCGCAAGCAAGGCGAGGGCAACAAUCGUGAUAGCGGUUGGGAUAUGCGCCGGGGAGCGACAUCUAACGAAGGCCGCGGACGUGACAGCGGUGGAGGUGGGCGGCUUGGCCGGCGCUCCAAAGAUGAAAGUGGCCCUUAUAGGAGAGGAGAGGGUGCUGGAAGAAUGCGUGAUUCGAUUAAACGGGGCCAGGAUCAGGAUCAGAAACCUCUUCACCCUUCGUGGGAGGCAGCGAAAAGAGCUAAAGAACAGAAGGCACAAGCAAAUUUCCAGGGCAAAAAGGUUGUUUUUGAUUGA